AUGAAGCCCGGGCAGCGGCGGGCGGCCAGACGCCGCGGCGGUGGGCGCGAUCCCCGCAGCCGCGGUCCGAGGGGGGCUGCGGGGCCGGCCCGGACCGUGCGCCCCGUCGGGGCGGGCAGGGAGGACGGGGGAGGACCGGGACGAGCGGGACCGGGCUGGCCGCCCCCUCCCCUCCCCGCCGCGCCCGCGGGCGGUGCCGCCGCCGGUGCUGCCGCCGCAGGUAGCGGGGCCCGGCGGGGCGGGCGGCCCCCGGGGCGCGGCGGGGGGGCCCCGCUCCCCUCAGGCGCGACGGCGGGAACGCAGACGCGCGGUGCCCGCCGGGCGCGGCGGGGGGGCCCCGCUCCCCUCAGGCGCGACGGCGGGAACGCAGACGCGCGGUGCCCGCCGGGCGCGGCGGGGGGGCCCCGCUUCCUGCCCGGCCCGCGGCCGCCCCCGGCGGGGGAGCGGGGCCGGCGCGGUUCCCCGCCCGGCUCCCCGCCCUUCCUGCCGCGGCCGCGGGACGCGCCGCCCGCGGGCACGGAGCGCGGCGGCGGCGGCGGGCGGAGCGGGGCGCGCCCGCCCCAUGCACCGGAGCCAUGGGGGCGGGCAGCCCCGGGGCCCUGGCCGCCGCGCCCCGGCCGGCGCCCAGGCGGGCAAGGGUGCCCCGCGCUCGCCCGGCGCAUGGAGCCGCAGCCUCCUUCUCCCGCUCUCUCCAUCAAGGUGAUGCCGCCGGAGCCGCUGCCCAAGGGGAGCUCCCGCUGUCUCGAGCCGCACUCCCGAGCCAUGGUAAGUGGGGCCGGGGCUUGCGGGUUCCAGCCGGGACCCGCCGGGCCGGGAAUGCGGGGCCGCGCUGGGCCGGGGCUGCCGGGAGCUGCGGGGACCCGCCGGGAUCCGCUGGGCCGGGGGCUGUGGGGACGCGUCGGAGCGGGGAUUGCGGGGUUCGGCCGGGGCUGUCAGGGGUUUGUGCGGACCCGCCGGGCCGGGGAUACCAAGGACUGCGGGGACCCGGCGGGACGCUGCGCUUCGGUGCUGCGGGGAACGGCGGGGCCCCGGCUGACGGCCCCGCGGCGGCUCUGCCCGCAGUCGCAGCCCGACGGGGAGCCUCUGCCUGGAGCCCUGGAGAAGGAGGACGCCCGCUCAGCGCCCAGCACCCCUUCCACGCCGUCCGUCUGCUCCCCGCCAUCCUCCUCCUCCUCCACGCCGUCGGCGGGCAAAAACGUCUGCUCCAGCUGCGGGCUGGAGAUCCUCGACCGGUACCUGCUGAAGGUGAACAACCUCAUCUGGCACGUCCGGUGCCUGGAGUGCUCCGUGUGCCGCACCUCGCUGCGCCAGCAGCACAGCUGCUACAUCAAGAACAAGGAGAUCUUCUGCAAGAUGGACUACUUCAGCCGGUUCGGUACGAAGUGUGCUCGCUGUGGCAGGCAGAUCUACGCCAGUGACUGGGUGCGGCGGGCGCGGGGCAAUGCCUAUCACCUGGCCUGCUUCGCCUGCUUCUCCUGCAAGAGGCAGCUCUCCACCGGCGAGGAGUUCGGCCUGGUGGAGGAAAAGGUGCUGUGCCGGAUCCACUACGACACCAUGAUAGAGAACCUCAAGCGAGCGGCAGAGAACGGCAACGGGAUCACGCUGGAGGGGGCUGUGCCCUCGGAGCAGGACAGCCAGCCGAAGCCAGCCAAGAGAGCCCGCACCUCCUUCACCGCCGAGCAGCUGCAGGUCAUGCAGGCACAGUUUGCUCAGGACAACAACCCCGACGCACAAACGCUUCAGAAGCUGGCGGACAUGACGGGGCUGAGCCGGAGAGUCAUUCAGGUUUGGUUUCAAAACUGCAGAGCCCGCCAUAAAAAACACACCCCGCAGCACACGGUGCCGCCCUCGGGAGCGCCCCCGUCCCGCAUCCCCUCCUCGCUGUCCGAGGACAUUCACUACUCGCCCUUCAGCAGCCCGGAGCGGGCCCGCAUGGUGACGCUGCACGGAUACAUCGAAAGUCAGGUACAGUGUGGACAAGUGCACUGUAGACUUCCCUACACUGCUCCACCAGUGCACCUCAAAGCAGACAUGGAAGGACCACUAUCUAAUAGGGGUGAGAAGGUCAUCCUCUUUCAGUACUGACUGCUCGGACUCUUCCUCAGCUGCCCAUGGCCCUACCAGCAGCACUGCCCCUCAGCCGCUGACACAGCGCCCAGCCCU